UAGUAUGGUUCCUUUUAUAUUGAUGUACAACAAUCUUAAACGUUUGGGGAAAAGACCAGUAUCUUGCGUGUGAAAAGUGCCUUGGAAAAAGUUGGUACCUAGAAGUAAUAACCACACUCUCCAAGGAUGUGAAUUGGAUGGGAAUUGCAGCGUCGGGUUCUGGUUGGGAGACGGUGCGUAACGCGGGGCACGCUUGGCUUGUUCAUUAAAUUGACUAGAGGACUGGACGUGGAUUCUUACUGCUGUAAGAACAGUCUUCAUGUAGCUGGCAUGUCCAUUGAGAUCGAUUUAUUUUGCCUGGAUGAGAGCAAGAAGAACUGGUCGACGUGUUUCACGAAGCUAAACUCAACUAGUUCAUAAUUAUGAACAGCGCCCCUUGUUGUCAGCCAUGUCAGCCAGGCCAUCAGCAGCAACGGCAGUACUGGUGACAUUGUUGGCAUUGCUGGUUGUCACGGCGACCUCUCCAUCAAGGGGUCAUCACCGGGGUCAGGCACUGCGAGUGGCGACAUACAACAUAUGGAAUGUCAUGUUCAACUGGGACGUCAGGAAGCAUCACAUUGCGGCCAUGAUACGUGCAGCCGAUGUGGAUGCUGUUGCUUUUCAGGAGGUACGUGCUGACCGAGAUGAGAAACGUACACAGCUCCUGGAGCUGAAGGCAUUACUUCCGUCUUACAGGUGGCAUGCUUACCACCCAGUGCAGAAGGUCAUCCCACACAAAGGGGCUCCCCUUGGCUGGGAAAUGGAAGGUUUGGGUGUUCUUAGCCGGUAUCCAAUCACGGCUACCAGUCUCCAGCCCCUGACUCAUCAAUCUCCGAAAGACAAGAAUCAACGCACGGUCCUGCACGCAUCAUUGCGGAUCAGCCCUGGCCUGAAUGUCAGCAUUGCCGUGGUCCAUCUGUCAUAUGACCGCUGGCAGCAGUGUGUCAACGUGGCCGAAAUCAUGAAGCAUGUACGGGGCACCAAACCAAAACAUUCCAUCAUCCUUGGGGAUUUUAAUACCUACACUGACUAUCCGUGGCCACUAGAGGGCCUCCUUCAGGGUUACUUUUCGACCACCAACAAAUGCCCUAAGUACGCAGCUCGGAAGAAUCCCACUUUGGAGGCGGAGCUUGUUUCCUACACAGAUGCGUGGGGGGAGGUAAACCCAAACAAGAAUGGGUUCACAUUCAGCAAUAUGCCUCAGCCUGGAUUUCAGAGUCGGCCAGAUCGCAUCCUCUUCUCCUCCAAGUCUUGGCGAGUCAACUCCUGCCACUUACUUGGCCAUGGUGAGGAGUACGCCAAGAUGUUGACCUUGCGCAUCACCUGGAAUCGACUAACCACCCUCCUGAGUGCUGCCGAGAAUGCCUUCUACCCAACCACUACACCAAGGGGCUGUUUGCAUGACUGUGGUCCGCAUGGCUCUUGCCGAUGUGGUAUCUGCGUCUCUGGUGGUGACAAGAAUCGCUGUGAGAUACCGAACUGUCCCGAGUGUUCCGCUGAUGUCUUCCGAAACUACCUGAUCAUCAAAGUACUAUUUAUCAUCCUAGUUGUGCAGUUUCUUGUCUCCCUUGUGCUUUUUGUACUACAGUGUCGAGCAAGGCGGAAACAGGCACUAUCGUCAGGUAGUUCAUCACUUAUCUUCUCUUGUUGCUCUUUUGGUAACCGCUAUUCUGCGACACCCAAAGUGCCGCGUUCCAGGCUAUGCAUGGUGCACUUGUUGAGGUUUAUCUGGCCGCUGUUGUACAUGCGGCCAAGCUACCAGCUUUUCAUCUGCAGCGUGUGUUGCGUACUUUUGUUUGUUCUGUGUUUCCAUUUGUUUGAGGACGCUUUGCGAGUUAUUUAUGCCGUCUUGCCUGAGGAACUCAACCCAUCGGACCAUUUAAUGGUCGUGGCUACUGCUGAAGCUUUAUGAAAACCGAAAAACUGAGAAAAGACUUUUUUCUGAAACUGGGCCUGAUUUUGUGGAGCAUGGAACAUGCUUAGCACUGAAAUACAUGCUUAACUAAACCUUUCAUUAGAUGGAAUGGCUUGGUUGUGGUAUCCACUGGUAUAUCUAAUUCGAACCAGCCAGCCGGCCCCGGCAAGGUCGGUGGUCGAGUGGUAAGAUGUCUGCACUACUAAGCAGGAGGUCGUGGGUUCGAGUCCCACUUGAGUAGUAUUUUCUCACAAUUACUCAAGAUAACAUUGAGUAUGCAGUGUAUAUAAAAACAAUUGUCUGUGAGAAAGACAAAACCCAACAUUGAAUGAAGUGAACCUACAUGAACAUAUAGGGUGAGUCAAAAAGAAAUUGACCUGGAUUAAUGAUUUUCUUUUCUGAAAAAAAAGCAAUCAAAUUUGGUACACCAAUGGAGUAUGUCUUGAAAGAGCAUGUUCUUCCACUCAUCUGAAGAAAACAAAAUCACUGAAAUUGAUCCAUGCUAUCAGAAAUUAUGCAUGUUGUACUGAAAAAUACUUUAUUUUUCUAGCUGUGGAAUGCCAUUGGAAGCUAUUGAGCUGAGUGAGAAUUACAGAUUACACACAGGCAUUCAAAUACAAAUGAUAUUUUAAUCAUUUGAGUCGAGACUGAAAAAUUAUUUUUACCGUCAGAUUUUGUGUUUUGAAUGUGAGGAACAAGUCAACUCUUUUGUUUUGAAAUACUGAUGGCAAUUUUUGGAGGUUCGAAAAGGUCCAUGUUUCAUUGUUUUUAAUGGGUAUUCAUCAGUUCGUAGAACGGUAAAUGAUCAGUGGUGGACAGCUGAAUUUUGUAAUCUUUUUAUCCAAAUAGAUAUAACUUGGGAAUUGAGUAUGCAAAUGACGUGAAAUGUUCACAGUUACUAGUCAAUAACAUGUACUUUAUACAUGUACCUAUGUUAUUUAUUAUUCGAAAUGGCGCGAGCCACGUAUUUGUGACAAAAUAUAUAUUUUCUCAAUUUUCUUUUUGACUCACUCUGUAGUGUCGUACUGAAUGUUGCUUGUAAGCCAUGUUUUCUGUUCAUCAGCAGCUUCGGGAAUUUGGGUUCUGGUAAAUAAAUGUGUCUUUUGUGCAAUAUUUAAGUUAGAAAUGUUUUGCCAACUCCCCUUUUUCAGUGGUAAGGGAAUCAUUGUUGUUCUAGAUUGCAAAUAUAAUAUUUAUAUUUAUAAUGAUUAUAAUAAUUGUAAGAAUGCAUAAUUUACAACUCUUUUGUCAAGCAACUUAAUAUUGCCACGUUUAUUUCGAAAUGAUGAAGAUAAUUUUACUUCUGUUUAUCGUGAAAGGAUACUGGUUAUAAAAAAUGUUUCCAAAUAACAAGUGAAAUUUUAUUGCAUAUUUAGUGCUGUAAAGCUCUCUUCUUAACUUAAAAAGAAUACAGCUUGUCUCUCCAAAAACAAUGUAGCACUCAAAAAACCAAAGUGAGGAAACUAAAUGAGAUGAUAGAGUGUUUCUUUACCCUUGACAGGAUUUUUGUUCUGUGUGAUUUGGACCUUUUGUUUAAAAGUUUAGGGAAAAGCUUGUAAAGACUCUCAAAAUCUGUUUGGACCACUUUUCUGAUUAUCUGGCAUCUAAUGAAUUAUGAAAGGCAUUUACACACCUUCUUGGUAUGUGAAUGCCUUUCAAUAGAUUUCAGAUAAUCUGGAUGAUGGCCCAACUUGGAAUUCAAGUCAUUUCAUUCAAUUAGCUGUAUCUCUGGACUGGGGUGUCCAAAUGAGAUGGGAUAAAGACCAUUGUGUAGAGUACUACACCGUCAGACUCUAUAGAGAAGUUUUACAUUUUUAAGUUUUGCCAAAAGAGAGUGCUAGUAUUUUGUAAUAUCCAUGGAUUGACUGCUACAUGUUUAUUGACAACACACUGUACGUCAAAUUUCAGACUUGUGUAAAAAUUCAAAGUUUUCAGCAUGGUGUUACAUGUAUACAUGUUUUCAAAGUAUUUUGUUUUGGCAGAAUUUAGCGGCGAUAUAUAAAUGUAAACAUUUUGGUUUUGCUCAUUAUUGAUGUUGAUCAAGGGCAUUUAGCUUGCCUCAGUCAGGUGUCACUUGCCAUACUUUGUUUCUCUCUGAUCUGCACUCCAAUAGGCCUAUAUCUGUAUGAAAAUUCAAGUCACUAAAGUCUUUGAUAGACUGUAGAAAAUUGAACUUGUUCUUAUUGAAUAUUAAGACCCAGUGUCUGGACUCUCUAAGAAUAUUUGUAUUUUACUUUUCGAGGCAAUGCAAUAUUAUCAUUUCAAUAAUUUUAAUUUUUUUUUAAAUUGGUAUAGGUUUUCCUGGCUAGUUUAUCACGUUUAGCAUUCGAAUUCACCAUUUCUAAUGUUCAAAUUCGUCCAUCAACAUCUAUUUGGUGUACUUCCAAUGUUUAUUUUCGUCGUUUGUCAGACAAUUUCAAACUUUGUUCAAGCAAAUUCAUACAAUGAGUUCACGUUUUCGUCCCAGAGUAUUCGAUUUCGUCUCGUUUACGCCAAACCUUGUUAUUCAGAAAUUCGCCUAAUUGAUUUAUAAUUAUAUAAGAAGAUUUGCCAUUCGGCAACAGCUUAGACGAAUUUGAUCUGUAAUGACCUAAUUCUCGACCCAGUGACUAAAGAGGGUGACCAAACAUUAAAAUUGGAUGGUAAAUGACUCAAUUGGUUUUGUUAAAAGCGUGUGGAUUUUUUCUCGGACGAAAUUGAAUAUUAGAGUUGGUGAAUUUGAAUGAGGAAAAUGUUUUGAAAUAGCCGGGAAAACCUAUAUUAUUAUAACUGUAUGUAUCAUCAUUCAAACUCUAUUUUCGUGAAAAUAACACCACACAAUGUUCAGUGUA